UACCACACGUGUUAUUUAUGCCGUAUUUACAUCUCUUGCUGUUUCGUUACUCGUUGAAAGUGCUGAAAAAUUAGAUCAGGAAUUUUACUGAAUUUCACACACUUCAAGAUUAUCCAGAUUUUCGUAAGUUAUUUUGUUGCUGUAUUAGGACCGUCAUCGCAAUGGAUGCAGAAGAUCCGAAUAUAAUUCCUGGAUUUUCAAUCGAAAGUGCCGGUUUGGAUUAUGACGACGAUGAUUCGACCAAGAAGGGAAAGAAAAAGAAAGGCGGAGGAUUUCAGGCCAUGGGACUGAGCAUGCCGAUCAUUAAGGCCAUUUUCAAAAUUGGUUAUAAGAUUCCCACACCUAUUCAAAGAAAGACGAUACCACUGAUACUGGAAGGUCGCGAUGUCGUUGCAAUGGCGAAAACUGGUUCCGGAAAAACGGCUUGCUUUCUGAUUCCGUUGUUUGAAAAGUUGAAGCAGCGGGAGAUGAAAAACGGUGCCCGUGCAUUGAUAUUAACACCUACCCGGGAGUUGGCCAUACAGACGUUUAAAUUUAUAAAACAACUGGGAAAGUUUUUGGAUUUGAAAACUAUUCUCGUGCUGGGUGGAGACUCGAUGGAUUCACAGUUUGCUGCGAUUCACACGCUACCGGAUAUCAUUGUUGCCACUCCGGGACGCUUUCUGCAUCUAUGCGUGGAAAUGAAUUUGAAGUUGUCUUCGAUAGAAUAUUGUGUGUUCGAUGAAGCGGAUCGCUUGUUCGAGAUGGGUUUCGGAGAGCAGCUGACAGAGACGCUCAAGAGGCUCCCGGACGGAAGGCAGAUGGUUCUGUUUAGUGCAACGCUACCAAAGCUUAUGGUGGAAUUUGCAAAGGCUGGGUUAAGUGAUCCGACGUUGAUUCGUUUGGAUGUCGAGUCUAAAAUUCCCGAAACGUUGGAUUUGAAGUUUAUCUACUGCCGACCGGAUGAACGGUAUGCUUCUCUGCUGGUGCUUCUGAGGGAAGUUAUUCCAAAAAAUACACAAAUUGUUCUUUUCGCCGGUACGCAGCAUCACGUGGAGUUAAUAUCGAUGAUUUUAACAAAAGCUGGAAUUGCAAACACGCACGUGUACUCUGGGCUGGAUGCCUCUGCUCGAAAAAUUAACACAGCCAAAUUUACUAUGAAAAAAGUUAAUGUUUUGGUAGUGACUGAUAUUGCUGCUCGUGGCUUGGACAUUCCCACGCUGGAUUAUGUAGUCAAUGUGCACUUCCCUGGCAAACCGAAAUUGUUCAUUCAUCGUGUUGGUCGUUGUGCGCGUGCUGGAAGAAGUGGAACCGCGUACAGUAUAUUUUCCAACGACGAUAUUGCACACUUGCUAGAUUUGCACAUGUUUCUGACUCGUCCGGUGCACGAAGAUGACGCACGGAAUAUUGGACGAGCUCCCCCGGAGAUGGUGGAAGCCGAACAUCAGAUCGUGUUGGAGUACGUGAAACAUAUCGAUUUGGCCACUGCCUACCGGGUCAGUAACAAUGCGUACAAACAGUACAUCGCAACGCGACCGGCUGCUUCUGCUAGUUCCAACAAAAAAGCCAAGCAUUUCAAAAUAGGGCAGCUGAAAGUGUUGGAAGAUUUUGAAAAAUCACCGGAACAGGAGAACGAGCCUAAGAAAGGUUCCAAACAAAAAAAAAAACAAACGUUAGAUAAAGAGAUAAAGAAACCAACCGUCGAUCCGGAAGAAUUUCGAAACAAUUUCCUGUCUCAAAUGAAAAACUUUCGUCCGCAAACAACGAUAUUCGAGUUGAAUCCAAAAUCCAACUCCAAACAGCUUCGGAUAAUGAUCGAGAAGAGGGACAGAGAUAACAACAAAAUUGAGAAACAUAAGCGUAAACUGGCUGAGCUAGAGGAAGAAGAGAAAACGAAGGCAUCUGAAGAAUCCGGAAAACAGAAUACGUUGUCGAAAAAAAAGUUGAAAAAAAGUUUACAAUCUGCAAAGGAUGACGAGAACUACAUCAGUCAUCAGGCGAAGGAUCACGUUGAGGAGGACGGCUAUGCUGUGAACAGUUUUGCUAAGGAAGCAGGUUCAGCUGAAUUUACGGUGAUCGGUGACAAUGCCGCGGAUCAACGGCUUCAUCAGCGACUGCAGAAGUGGGACCGUAAGAAGAAGAAGAUGGUUAACGUAGAAAAUCCAAAAGCCGGUAAAAUACGCACGGAACAUGGUGUUUGGAUUGCAGCGUCAUACAAAACCGGUCGAUACGACCGCUGGAAGGAACGUACGAAAGUCGAUGAACAGAUGGCAGCCCGUCAGCAGCAAGAUAGCGAUGCAAGUGACGGAGAAGCAUCAGUGCCGAUGGCGAAACGCGACUAUCCACACACUCACUGGGGCAGACACAAUGCCAAGAUGGACCUGAAAAAGGUACGGGAUAUGGAUCUGAAGAGUGCGGAUCAAAUCGCUAAGCAACGAUUGCAGAAGGAAGCGAAACUGGCAAAGGAGAAGGCUGCCCGUCUCAAAAAUUUACAGCGUAGGAAAAAGGCUUUAGGUAAAAAGAUGGCUAGGUCUAAAAAAUAAAGUUUAAUUAUAUUCGAAACAUUUUUCAACAUCUGUGAAUAAGAAUAAAUGUAUACUGUUGAUAUCUA